AAGACAUCCGCUUUUAUAAUACACGUGUGACGUAGCAACUUGAACUACUAAACAAUUUGCGAGUAACUUUAAUCUCUAUCAUUUUCCUCCGCGACGACUCGAGAUACUACUAAACUGGUGAGGUUGUUGAAUCUUGACGAUAUGGCAAGUGUUUCUGGAGAAAAACUAAGGUUUUGUAUUGAUAGGGGAGGUACUUUUACUGAUGUGUAUGCUGAAAUUCCUGGUCAAAAUGAGGGCAAAGUGAUGAAAUUAUUGUCUGUUGACCCGUCUAAUUAUGAUGAUGCUCCCAUUGAGGGUAUUCGGAGGAUUAUCGAGGAAUUUACGGGGCAGAAGCUUGAUAGGAGUUGUAAGAUUCCGACGGAUAAGAUUGAGUGGAUCAGGAUGGGUACGACUGUGGCCACGAAUGCGUUGUUGGAGAGGAAAGGGGAGAGGAUUGCGUUGUGUGUGACUAAGGGGUUUAGGGAUUUGUUGCAGAUUGGGAAUCAGGCUCGUCCGAAUAUAUUUGAUUUGACUGUGGCGAAGCCUUCGAAUCUUUAUGAGGAUGUUAUUGAGGUUGAUGAGAGGGUUGAGCUUGUGGUUGAUGGUGAGGAUGGUAGGGUGCGGUCGGAGUUGGCGGUUGUUAAAGGGGUUUCGGGUGAUUUUGUAAGGGUUGUGAAGAAGCCGAGUGAAGAUGUCUUGAAGCCUUUGUUACAAGGUUUGUUGGAUAAGGGAAUUAAGUGCCUAGCUGUUGUGUUGAUGCAUUCGUACACUUAUCAGGAACAUGAGAUGUACGUGGAGAAGUUGGCCUUGAGUCUAGGGUUCAAGCAUGUUUCUUUAUCUUCUGCACUUACUCCUAUGGUUCGUGCGGUUCCUAGAGGUCUCACAGCCAGUGUGGAUGCUUAUUUGACUCCUGUAAUUAAGGAGUACUUGUCAGGGUUUAUAUCUAAAUUUGAUGAAGGUUUAGGAAAGGUAAAUGUAUUAUUUAUGCAAUCUGAUGGGGGGCUUGCACCAGAGAGUAGAUUUUCAGGUCACAAAGCAGUUCUAUCAGGUCCUGCAGGUGGUGUUGUUGGUUAUUCACAAACACUCUUUGGGCUUGAAACUGAAAAACCCUUAAUUGGUUUUGACAUGGGUGGUACCUCCACUGAUGUGAGCCGUUAUGCAGGCAGCUAUGAACAAGUUUUAGAAACCCAGAUUGCAGGAGCUAUAAUUCAAGCACCUCAGCUUGACAUAACUACUGUUGCUGCGGGUGGUGGCUCAAAAUUGAAGUUUCAAUUUGGAGCUUUUCGCGUGGGACCAGAAUCAGUUGGUGCACACCCUGGUCCAGUGUGUUAUAGGAAAGGAGGGGAAUUAGCAGUUACAGAUGCAAAUGUUGUAUUAGGAUAUGUAAUCUCUGACUAUUUUCCUGCAAUAUUUGGUCCUAAUGAAGACCAGCCUUUGGAUAUUGCUUCAACUAGAAAAGAAUUUGAGAAACUUGCUCUGGAAAUCAAUUCUUACAGAAAAGGUCAAGAUCCCUUGGCGAAAGAUAUGACAGUGGAGGAAGUAGCACAAGGAUUUGUGGAUGUGGCAAAUGAAACAAUGUGCCGUCCUAUACGGCAGUUGACAGAGAUGAAGGGACAUGAAACAAAGAACCAUGCUCUUGCUUGCUUUGGAGGUGCAGGACCCCAACAUGCAUGUGCUAUAUCCCGGUCACUAGGUAUGAAGGAGGUACUUGUUCACAGGUUCUGUGGGAUCUUAAGUGCAUACGGAAUGGGAUUAGCCGAUGUUAUUGAAGAAGUACAAGAGCCAUACUCUGCUAUAUAUGGACCUGAAUCUGUAAAAGAAGCUUCUCGUAGAGAAACAAUUUUGUUAAAGCAGGUAAAGCAGAAGCUUCAAGAGCAAGGAUUUAAAAGCGAAAAUAUCACAACUGAAACAUAUUUGAAUUUGAGGUAUGAAGGUACUGAUACUGCAAUCAUGGUAAAGAGACAAAUAAACAGUGAAGGGUCAGGAGAUGAUUAUGCUGUUGAGUUUGUUAAACUUUUCCAACAGGAAUAUGGUUUCAAACUUCAAAACAGGAAUAUUCUUAUAUCUGAUGUAAGGGUACGAGGCAUUGGAGUCACUAAUAUAUUAAAACCACAAGCCUUGGAACCUUCGUCAUGUUCCCCCAAAGUUGAAAGCCAGUAUAAGAUUUACUUUUUUAAUGGGUGGCAAAAUACACCUCUAUAUAAGCUGGGGAAUCUCGGAUAUGGACAUAUCAUACACGGUCCUGCAGUCAUCAUGAAUGGUAACAGUACUGUGAUAGUAGAGCCUAAUUGUAAGGCUACUAUCACAAAAUAUGGAAACAUCAAAAUUGAGAUUCUCUCGGCUGUAAGUAGUGUAAAAGUGACAGAAAAUGUUGCUGACGUUGUGCAACUCUCAAUAUUUAAUAACAGAUUUAUGGGUAUAGCUGAACAAAUGGGGCGCACCUUACAAAGAACUUCCAUAUCAACAAAUAUAAAAGAGCGACUAGACUUUUCUUGUGCUCUUUUUAGUCCUGACGGGGGCCUUGUUGCUAACGCGCCCCAUGUUCCCGUGCAUUUAGGAGCUAUGUCCAGCACUGUUGUAUGGCAGCUGGAGUACUGGGGUGACAAUUUGAGCGAGGGAGAUGUUUUGGUUACAAAUCAUCCUUCAGCUGGUGGUAGCCACUUGCCUGAUAUAACUGUUAUCACACCUGUUUUCAAUAAUGGAACUUUGGUAUUCUUUGUGGCGAGCAGAGGACAUCAUGCAGAAAUAGGGGGUAUCACUCCAGGAAGUAUGCCACCUUUUUCAAAAUCAAUAAGGGAAGAAGGAGCUGCUAUAAAGGCAUUCAAACUUGUGGAGAAGGGUACUUUUCAAGAAGAAGGAAUCACAAAUCUUCUUUCUGCAGUAUGUUCUGAUGAUGCAGAUCGUGAUAUCCCUGGAACCCGCAGGCUUCAAGAUAAUUUGUCAGAUCUGCAUGCUCAAGUUGCAGCAAACCAGAGAGGAAUUUCCCUUAUUAAAGAGCUUAUUGAGCAGUAUGGUUUGGAUGUUGUCCAGGCUUACAUGACUUACGUGCAGGCUAAUGCAGAACACGCAGUUAGAGAAAUGCUCAAAUCAGUGGCUGCUAAAGUUAUUCAGGGGUCAACAAUUACAAAGGAAGAUUGUUUAACUAUCGAAGAAGAAGAUUACAUGGAUGAUGGUUCUGUUAUACACUUAAAACUGUCUAUUGAUCCACACAAAGGAGAAGCAUAUUUUGAUUUUUCAGGAACUAGCCCUGAGGUUUAUGGGAACUGGAAUGCACCUAAAGCAGUCACAUCCGCUGCUGUCAUAUACUGCCUGCGUUGUUUAGUGGAUGUUGAUAUCCCUCUUAAUCAAGGUUGCCUGGCUCCUGUUAAAAUUUUUAUACCCGAGGGCUCAUUUCUUUCACCAAGUGACAAGGCUGCUGUUGUAGGAGGUAAUGUUCUCACUUCGCAGAGAGUAACUGAUGUGGUGCUUACUGCAUUUCAGGCUUGUGCUUGUUCUCAGGGUUGCAUGAAUAAUCUCACAUUCGGAGACGACACAUUUGGAUACUAUGAAACAAUUGGAGGUGGUAGUGGGGCUGGCCCUAGCUGGGAUGGAACUAGUGGAGUGCAGUGCCAUAUGACAAAUACUCGUAUGACUGAUCCUGAGAUUUUUGAGCAGAGGUAUCCAGUUCUUUUGCAUCGAUUUGGGUUAAGGGAAAAUAGUGGUGGUGCUGGAAUUCAUAGAGGCGGAGAUGGGCUUGUCAGGGAGAUUGAGUUUAGGCGACCCGUAGUUGUAAGUAUUCUUUCUGAGAGACGUGUUCAUGCACCCAGAGGCUUGAAGGGAGGAAAAGACGGUGUCCGUGGAGUAAAUUACCUCAUCACAAAGGAUAAACGCAUAGUCUAUCUUGGAGGAAAGAAUUCUAUUAAGGUGGAGGCCGGGGAGAUUCUUCAGAUUUUUACUCCCGGCGGGGGAGGAUGGGGGUCCGUUUGAAUUUGAUUUGAAGUUGUCCUGCAUGCAUCGUAUCCGUUGUCUCUUUUAUAUGGAUGGCUUUCGGCCUUUAUAAGAUCCUAUGAUCAAAUAUUCUCCUCAAUCUUUCAGUUACAUGUGAAAGGUUUAUAUUAGUUCUUGGUAUUGCUUUGAUCAGCUCCCUCAGCAUCGAAAUAAGAUUCAUAUAAAUAAGAUUCAUGAUGCUUUCAGUUUU